AUGCCAGUGGCAAGGUUGGCGGUGUGCUGUCCUCCACAUCUCUCUCAUUACUGCUCCAUCCUAUCCGACAGUCAGUCCGUCUAUUCAUCUGUACAGAUCGACCCUACUGUCAACAUGCCAGCCCUCACAUGCUAUGCAUAUCUUCUGGCCUCAUUGCCUCCUAACAUAGGAUUUCAGACUGACACAACCUUGACGCCUUUUUUCCACGGCACAACAACGUCCCGUUGCUCCACGGACCUGAUCCGGGAGAAAAAAGAACUGCGCCCUUCCACCGGAUCGACUGUACCACGAGGCCGAUCAAAUCGAUAG